AGGAAGAAUUAAACCGAGGUAAACCAAACUGGGAACAUCUGACAGAUGAAUUGCAUGUUUUAUUGACAGUCGAGGAUACUGAAAAUCGUGCCACUUUGAAACUUGCCAGAGCUGUAGAAGAAGUCAAGAAACUCCUUGUUCCCCAGGCUGAUGGAGAGGAUGAGCUAAAGAAACGACAAUUAAUGGAGCUUGCUAUUAUCAACGGUACUUACCGAGAUUCUAACACAAAAGUUGCAGCAGCUACUGCUUGUGACGAAGAAUGGAGACGUGUUGCAGCGGCUGCGGCAGAAACGCAGCGACUUCUUCCAGGCUUGGCCACACCUAUGAGGACGCCCAGUGCUCCGUUGGGAGCACCGUUAAUACUCUCUCCACGGAUAUCUGUUCCAACGACCGCAGCGUCUCUUUUGAAUGGUUCCGGCCCACCAGGAUCGCUCCUUUCUGCCGGUGAUCCACAUGGUUUAAUUUACACACCAUAUGCUGAUUAUGCCAACUACGCAGCCUUAGCAGCAUCGCCUCUUCUCACGGAUUACACAGCAGCUGAUCAUUCUGGUGGGUUGUUUGCACGCUGAUCUUAGUUGCAACAACGUUUUUCAUGAAUAUUUUCUUGAUUGCUAUUAUUAUUAUUAUUAUUACUAUUAUUACUAUUAUUAUUAUUAUUAUUACUAUUAUUAUUACUAUUACUAUUAUUAUUAUUAUUAUUAUUAUUAUUAUUAUUAUUAUUAUUAUUAUUAUUAUU